AUGUCUACCGUAUUAGACGGUCCCGCCGGGUUUGCGCUCCGCAAGAAUGGCACCUGUCUCGACACAGAGGUGGACUGUGGUGCCACCCUUCACCCAUUUCGAGCCUGCUGCCCCGGAGGCUCAUACUGCCCAAACCAGUACAAUGUGAACUGCUGUCCGUCCGCCGCGAACUGCACACAGCUGCUUGUGGAGACACCAAAAUGCGCCAAUGAGACGUGGGAUUUGUACAGUUAUUACGGAUACUUUUGCUGUGAGAAGGGAACAACAGCCUUCGGGACCAGUUCGCAAAGUGAUGGUUGUGCGGUGCCGGGGUAUAACUUCGACAGCUCCGAGACUCUGUUGCCGGUGGUCUCCUCGGGGAAGGCAUCGGUUGCGACAUCGACUUCCUCCGUAACAUCCACGCCGUCGACGAGCUCUACAUCCUCGACAUCACCAACACGCACAUCGACUCAACCCCCCGAGGCGUCCUCCAAGACAAACACAGGAGCCAUUGCAGGAGGCGUAGUCGGCGGCGUGGCUGGAGUAGCCCUCAUCGCUUUCUUGGUGUGGUGGCUUCUCAGUCGCCGAUCGAAACGUCAACCAGUUCUUCACGGGCCGCAAGUGAUCCCCACCACAGAUUAUAAAAGUAAUAGCCAAAUGGUCAGUGAACUUGACGGCCGCAGUACCGCGCACGAGCUCGAGGGCCAGGCAGAUCAUCCGGCUCACGAACUACCGGCGGACUCGACAUUCCGUCGAUGA